CCUAUUUACACAAUACUGGAAAGAAAUGGAAAGCUGACAGAUUGCGCAUGCGCGGUUCACGUCUCCUUCACUGUGCCCUCUCGCGCUGUGCAGUGCAGAAACACGGUCACGCACAUCGACACGUGACAUGUCUGAGAGAGCAAAGCAGAGUUCAAAUAAGGAGAGAAUGGAGAAGAAAGACACACAGGUGAAGGGAAGCAGUAAGCCCUGUGAACACUGUAAACCAAAGACCUGCGCAAACAUGGCCGUCCCCCCAGCAUAUGCUGACCUGGGCAAAUCCGCCAAGGAUAUCUUCAGCAAAGGCUAUGCGUUUGGAGCGAUUAAACUGGACCUGAAGACCAAGUCUCAGAAUGGAGUUGAGUUCUCCACUGGUGGCUCCAGUAAUACAGAUACUGGAAAAGCGGCUGGAAAUCUGGAGACCAAGUACAAAGUGCAGGAGCUGGGCUUGAGUUUGAACCAGAAGUGGAACACAGACAACGUUCUGACCUCCGAAGUGACUUUGGAAGAUCAGCUGGCCAAGGGUUUGAAGCUGGGCCUGGACACUUCUUUCGUGCCCAACACCGGGAAGAAGGGCGCUAAGCUGAAGACGGGUUAUAAACGUGACUACAUGAACGUGGGCUGUGAUUUAGAUUUUGACCUUUCCGGACCCACGAUCCACGCCGCAGCAGUUCUGGGUUAUGAAGGCUGGUUGGCUGGUUAUCAGAUGGCUUUUGAUACGGCCAAAUCCAGACUCGCCCAGAACAACUUUGCUUUGGGCUACAAGGCAGGAGAUUUCCAACUACAUACUAAUGUUAAUGAUGGGACAGAGUUUGGUGGCUCAAUCUAUCAGAAGGUAAACAGCCAGUUGGAAACCGCCGUGAAUCUGGCAUGGACCGCAGGCAGCAACAACACGCGUUUUGGCAUCGCUGCUAAAUACCAGCUGGACAAAGAUUCGUCCGUCUCUGCCAAAGUAAACAAUGCUAGUCUGGUUGGAGUAGGUUACACGCAGACCCUGCGGCCAGGUGUGAAACUCACUCUGUCUGCUCUGAUCGAUGGUAAAAACUUUAACGCCGGUGGGCACAAGGUGGGCAUGGGCUUCGAGCUUGAUGUGUAAAGAUGAAGAUGAGAGGCAGAGAAGACGACAGAAAGCUAACAGCACGAAUUUAGCAUUAGCAAAAUUUCCCCCAUAAUUCCUCC